GGGCUUGAAAACCUCGUCUCGUCGGCUUGACCCAGAGUACGAGAUAAUACAACUAUUGAUAACAUUAUAUCAAGUUACUAUUUUAUUACUGUAGACUCAAUGAAUAGAACAUUUACAAAUGAUAAACAACGGACGUGUGUACAAAUAAAACAAAAACAAAAAAUCUAUAGCUGACGUUUAAAUUAUUGAUUUAAUGAGAACUAUUUUUAAAUACAGAAAUAGCUGUAUUAUAUUAUGAAUAAUUAUGGUUUCGUCUAUUGUUUGUGCCUUUGAUACCAUUUUUGCAAGGUUCGAGAAAUAUACUAAUGUGAAGGAAUUGCUUUCGACUUAAAUCAACGCACAAAUAUCUGGCUCUUCGACCCGCAAUGUAUGCCGCAGACAUUUUGUUUAUUCUAUCUCCGUUUAUCUUUAUUGAUGCAUCAGCUGACAAUUUAUUACAACCGAAUAUAGUUCUUAUCAUUGCUGAUGAUUUGGGCUGGGAUGAUGUCAGCUUUCAUGGAUCAGAUCAGAUACUGACUCCCAAUAUAGACCUUCUAGCGUACUCUGGCGUGGCUUUGGGACGCUAUUAUAGCCAUUGUAUAUGCACACCGUCACGUUCUGCGCUUAUGACGGGAAAAUAUGCACAUAUCUUAGGUAUGCAAGGAUAUCCCCUGACAAAUACCGAAGAUAGAGGGUUACCUACGUCUGAGAAAAUAUUGCCUCAGUAUUUGAAGGAGUUGGGAUACGCAACGCACUUGAUUGGGAAAUGGCAUAUCGGUCAAUCGCGUACGGAAUACCUUCCAACGUCCAGAGGGUUUGACAGUCAUUUUGGGCACAGAGGCGGUUAUGUUGAUUAUUAUGAAUACACACUAGAAGAGCGACUAGAAAACGCAGACGUGUCGGGUUUUGGUUUAUUUAGAAAUGAAACUGCCGCUUGGGACGUUGAAGGCUAUCUCACAGACGUCUAUAGUCGUGAAGCAAUCUCAAUAAUAACACAGCACAAUAUAUCAUCUCCACUAUUCCUCAUGUUGGCACACAACGCCCCUCAUUCAUCAAAUGCGGGCGCGAUGUUGCAGGCGCCGCCCGAAGAAGUCAGAAAAAUGCGUCACAUCGAGUCAGGGGGCAGACGGAUUUAUGCAGCAAUGGUAAAGAAACUGGAUGAUAGUGUCGGUUACAUUACGCAAGCACUUUUCGACAAAGGUAUACUAGACAACACUGUAAUUGUGUUUAUUGCGGACAAUGGAGGCAUGACGUCUGGGGACUCCAUGAAUUAUGCAUCUAAUUGGCCUUUGAGGGGUUUGAAAAUGUCUCCAUUCGAAGGAGGAACAAGAGUGGUCGGCCUCGUAUGGAGUGCAUCAUUUAAUAAUUCAAAUCAUUUGUGGAAUGGAUACAUGCAUGUCACCGAUUGGCUUCCAACUAUUUUAAGCAUGGCAAAGGGUAAUUCUCCUAAAAAUAUUAAUGGUAUCGAUCAGUGGCAUAACAUACAGUUUAAUGAAGACUCUAAAAGGGAGGAAAUGUUUGAAAUAGAUGAUUAUACAGGAUACGCAUCGAUUACGUCUGGUGAUUUUAAAUUAGUGACUGGGAAUGUCAUCGUAGCUUACAGUGAUUAUCAGGGAGAUGAUCUAAGGAGAAUUUCAGGAGAUAGACCAUCCUAUAUGGAUGCAAUUGUAAAUAGUAAACUAUAUAAUAUCCUUCACAAAAUUAAUAGACGUCUAAAAUUCGAAGACAUCAAUUUAAGAAACGAAAUGUGCAUAAAUUGUGACAGCGAUAGGAUAACCACAUGCUACCCACAAAACGGUACCAUGUGCUUGUUUAAUAUUAAGGAUGAUCCGUGUGAAGCAAAAGAUUUAUCAGCAAGCCGCCCUGAUGUAGUUAAAACAAUGACGGCUCGAUUGAAUAUUGAGAAAUCAAAAACUAAAGCAAGAAAAGUGCCGUUAUUUAGGGAUCCGAGAUCGUCGCCACGCUUCCUUAAUUAUACUUGGGAUGUAUGGGCUGACAAUAUUAAAGAAAUUAGUGCCUAACAAUGAGAUAGUGUAAUAUAAUAAAGGGUUUUUUGUUAUAAUAAUCCUUAUUUUGUAUCGUUUCAUUUCUAUUGAAUAAAAGAAUAUUUUAGUAGUGCAAAA